CAAAGUGCCACUUCUACCUCUACAUCCUCGGCUCGUGGACGCAGCCUUCUCGUCGUCUAGAAGUGUUUACAUACCUCACCGCUCGUACAAUUUGUCAAGAUCUAAUCUUUGCCAACGAAGAAAGAUUUCAGGAUGGCGUCUACGAAACAAGCGCUCCAGUUGAUUAUGGUGCCGCAUCGCCCGGUGCAUACUGACGAUGAAAUCAACCAAGACCUGGCUCCGGCGUUCAGUAUCUUGGAAGAAGCCAAAGGACUGAAAGCAAUAUGGAGGGGCAAAAAGCAUGAAGAUCGUCAUACCCAAGUCGCUCUCGUCCUUUGGGAGAGCCUUGCCUUGAGCCAUGCAUUUUUCACCAGCUCAGAAUACACAGAAUUCAACAAAGUCAUCCAGCCUGCCAUGAAUGGCAGGAAAAUAGAGUGGUUGAACCACGCUCUGAUUGAUACUACCGGCCUGGAUGACAAGGCUCACCUGUUACGAACUCUGGCUUCACCAGCUAUCGAGGUGGCUCUGACGAAAGUCGUCGAGGGCGGUGUCUCUGGAUACUAUUCCCAAUUUCGAAAAAUUGUAGUGCCGAUACUCAAUGAAGACCCCGGCUGUGAUGGUCACUUCAUCAGCCCGCUGAUCGAGAAUCCUCAAGACCAAUUGCUCUUGAUCAACUGGAAAUCUGUCGAUGCUCACCACGAAGACUUUGAAAAGAGGCCGACGUUCAAAGAAUGUAUUGAUGGCCUCAAGGACUACUACGCUGUUUUCGUUGUUCCCUGGCAUAUUGUGGAGCUCAAGUUAGUCCAAGGCAGCCUAUAGUUUCAAUGAUACCUAUAGAUGCAUGUGGGAAAACAUAGGGGAGCCUUUUCGAGGACAUGUUAUGUGCUCGCAGUUCAUACUGGCUGUUACAUCCUGCUUCUGCUGGAUCUAUCGAAUCAUCCAGCCCGGUAGAAGCCGCAAGCCGAGUAUCCUCCAUCUACGGUCCAGUGCGCUGUCGUCGAUGUCAGUAUCCAAGCCUCUAAGAGAUCCAUGUAACUCACCUCCAGUCACAUAUGAUGC